AUGCUGGCCGUCUCUACCGUCCAGCUACCACCUCAGUGGAUGGAGAAGCGGGACUCCGUUACCUUCUUCGCCGUGGAUGUGUUCUCUGAGACCGGGACCUGUUGGAGGGUCAUGCGCCGGUACAGUGACUUCCUCGAGCUGAAGGACCAGCUUGGCCAUGUCAGCGCCUCUUUCCCGGCCGCCCGCUUUCCGAAGAAGCACUGCCUCAGCUGCGAGGGGUCAAGGCUGGAGGUUCGGCGUGGGGCCUUGGAGCUCUGGCUGCGACGGGCGAUCGAGCACCCGCGCAGCAGCGGCGAGUGGCUGGCGCCGCUGCGCUGCUUCCUGGAGUCCGGCCGGAAGUUUAUGACCAUCACAGACUCGAGUGCCCCUCCAGCGGCCAGCGACCACGAGGAUGACAUGAUGUUGGAGAUAGUCGUGCCUCCUGGUGUUAGAGCAGGCCAGCCUCUGACAGUCGCAGUGCCCGAUGGAACCCUUACAACCGUGACCUUGCCCAAGGACUUGCAGCUUUAG